CCAGCAAGUCAAAAUGGAGCUGAGUUGACGCGAGCAUUAUGUUGUCAGGGGCCGAGGGGCGUGGCAGCCUUUGCCCGGGACCAGCCGGCUCACUCUCGCCCUCUAGGCCAGCGGAGAGGGUUUAGCCAGUGCAUGGCAGCCUUCUGAGGAGGGCUGAGAGUCGCGGUGCUGCGAGCGACUGGAGAUCUCAAACUCCCCGCCGCUCGCGACCUUCUCGGGCGCAAAAUGCGAAGAGGAUGGGGCUUCUGGGCCCAGCAGGAACAGCCCAGGGCAGAGCCCGCACCCCGGAGGGCCGAGCACAGGGCUGGAACCCGAGAACUGCAGAGGCUGCAAGGCGCAGGCGCGGGGUAUGGGGUGCGGUCCGAGGGGUGGAGCGCGGGUAUGCAGCGAACGGUGUGGAACCGGCGAUCGGGCCUGCGCCUUCCCCGGGCCGCUAUCUGGAGGCGCCGGGGGCGCAGCGCACUCGCCAUGCACCAGCCGGCUGCAGAGCUGGGCCUGGGCGGCGCUGGUGAAAUGGUGGACGCUGAGGCCGAGCUGCUGCCGCCGCUUCCCGCUGAACGCUACGCUGGGCCCAGCGGAGACGCCGACUCUAUUACCAACGGGCCCCAAGACCGCCACCACGUCUUUACCCUGAACAUCCCUUUUCCCUCGCCGCUGGAGGCCGAGAUUGCCCGCGGAGCCCUAGCGCCAGACCGGGAGCCUCACCACGAGGCUGUGCACAAAGAACUUGGCGUCGUGGGGAACACGCUAAAUGUCCUCUGGAGAGCGGAGAACAUGCAUGCCCUGCGAGUUUCCGUUCUGAACUUCAUGGACCAUCUGUCUCUGGUUCUGCGGACUUUGCAGCGCUUUGGUCCAGCCUUCCCUCGUUAACGCCCGGGCUGGGCACCCAGUUGAGAGCACACAUCCCAGGAGCACAGCGACCAGCAGGGUUCUAGUGACCCCCUUGCAUCUUUUAACCACGGGAAAUAAAACUGAC